AUGUUUUAGGAUUUUUUUUUAUUCCAGCUGUAUCAAGAUGGGAUGGCAUGAAAACCACCAGGAAAGGCUGAGGCAAUGGGGUGGUGUAGGUAGAAUGAAUCACUCACUGCUUUUUUUUUUUUGUUUUCCUUGCAGGUUGUCCUCCUUGCUGCAGGAUGAAUUAGGGAGGCAAAGCCUUUUCCUCUGAGCCAUGGAGACGAGGGCAUCCUUCCUUGCCAGCAUGAGAGAGACCCAGCACCUCUCCCCAGAGCAGGAUCCCAGCCCUGCCAAUGGUGAUGGGGAGCAGUUUGAUUCAGAUGAGGGCUCCAGCAUUGAGGAUGCAGACUUCAACUGGGACGAGUUCCUGGAGGAGACAGGAGCCAGUGCUGCUCCCCACACCUCCUUCAAACAUGUUGAAAUCAGCCUUCAGAGCAGUUUCCAGCCAGGGAUGAAACUAGAAGUGGCCAACAAGAGCAACCCAGACACGUACUGGGUGGCCACGAUCAUCACCACCUGCGGGCAGCUGCUGCUGCUGCGCUACUGCGGCUACGGCGACGAGCGCCGGGCAGACUUCUGGUGUGACGUGAUGACAGCAGACCUGCACCCCGUGGGCUGGUGCACCCAGAACAACAAGGUCCUGAUGCCUCCAGAUGCAAUCAAGGAGAAAUACGUGGACUGGACAGAGUUUCUCAUCCGGGAUCUGACCGGCGCCAGGACGGCCCCUGCCAAUUUGCUGGAAGGUCCUCUGCGAGGAAAAAACCCUGUAGACCUCAUUACAGUUGAUUCCUUAAUAGAGCUGCAGGAUUCCCAGAAUCCCUUUCAGUACUGGAUAGUUAGUGUGGUUGAAAAUGUUGGAGGAAGAUUACGCCUUCGCUAUGUGGGAUUGGAGGAGACUGAAUCCUAUGACCAGUGGUUGUUUUACUUGGAUUGCAGACUUCGACCAGUGGGUUGGUGUCAAGAGAAUAAAUACAGAAUGGACCCACCUGCAGAUAUCUAUUCUCUGAAGACUAUAACUGAGUGGAAAUGCGCUCUGGAAAAAUCCCUUAAUGAUGCAGCAAAUUUUCCUCUUCCAAUGGAAGUGUUCAAGGACCAUGCUGAUUUGAGAAACCACUUCUUCACUGUGGGGAUGAAGCUGGAGGCAGUGAAUAUGAGGGAGCCAUUUCAUAUCUGUCCUGCAUCAGUGACCAAGGUUUUUAACAAUCAUUAUUUACAAGUGACCAUUGAUGACUUGAGACCUGAACCCAGCAAAAUCUCAAUGCUUUGCCAUGCAGAUUCCUUGGGGAUCUUGCCAAUACAGUGGUGCCUUAAAAAUGGAGUCAAUCUCACACCUCCCAAGGGUUACUCUGGCCAGGACUUUGACUGGGCAGACUACCAGAAGCAGUGUGGAGCUGAGGCAGCACCUCACCUGUGCUUUAGAAAUACAUCCUUCAGCCGUGGCUUCACCAAGAACAUGAAGCUGGAGGCAGUGAACCCCAGAAACCCUGCAGAGAUUUGUGUUGCCUCCAUCACCUCGGUGAAAGGACGGUUGAUGUGGCUGCACCUGGAAGGUUCACAGAUGCCCUCUCCAGAGUACAUUGUAGAUGUGGAGUCAAUGGAUAUUUUCCCUGUUGGCUGGUGUGAAGCAAAUGCUUAUAACCUCACCCCACCACACAAAGCUGUUUUGCGAAGGAAGAGGAGAAUUGCAGUUGUGCAACCAGAAAAACAGUUAGCAUCCACAGUGCCUGUUGAGAAAAUACCUCAUGACCUCUGCCCAGUUCCUCAGCUAGACACAACAGGCACCAUCAAUGGGAGAUACUGCUGCCCCCAGCUCUACAUCAACCACCGCUGCUUCUCAGGUCCAUAUUUGAACAAAGGCAGGAUUGCAGAGCUACCUCAGUCUGUGGGGCCUGGCAAGUGUGUGCUGGUCCUCAAGGAGGUUCUCAGCAUGGUGAUCAAUGCAGCUUACAAGCCAGGGAGUGUUCUACGAGAACUGCAGCUUGUGGAAGACCCUCAGUGGAAUUUCCAGGAGGAAACACUUAAAGCAAAGUACAGAGGGAAGACGUACAGGGCGACGGUGAAGAUCGUGCGGACGUCGGACCAGGUGGCAGAUUUCUGCAGGAGGGUCUGUGCCAAGCUCGAGUGCUGCCCCAACCUCUUCAGCCCUGUGCUGGUGGCUGAAGUCUGCCCCGAGAACUGCUCCAUCCACACCAAAACCAAGUACACUUACUAUUAUGGAAAGAGGAAAAAAAUAAUUAAGCCACCGAUUGGGGAAAAUAACAGCAUGAAAAGUGGCCAUGUCAAACCAGCCAGGCGCAGAAAGAGGCGGAAAUCCAUCUUUGUGCAGAAGAAAAGGAGAUCAUCAGCUGUGGAUUCGAAUGCUGCAGGCUCUGCAGAGGUUUGUGUCACGCUGGGGUACAUCAGCAAAAAUCCUGGGUGCCUUAUUCUAGUCCCCCAUUCUGCAUUUUCCUUCUGGGGGCUUCUCAGCACACCUGAACACUUGCAGUUUCUGUUUUGGAUCCUUCCUUGCUACUCUUUUGUUGAAGGAAGCCGUGCCUUAAAUAAGAGAGUUCGUGAAAAACAAAAUACAGACAGUUCAUCGGAAAUUAAGCAAGAAGAGGAAGAGAAACUCGUUCUGGACAGUAACCCACUGGAGUGGACUGUCACUGAUGUUGUGAGGUUUAUUAAACUCACUGACUGUGCACCCCUUGCCAAAAUAUUUCAGGAGCAGGACAUCGAUGGGCAGGCCCUCCUGUUGCUGACACUGCCCACGGUGCAGGAGUGCAUGGAGCUGAAGCUGGGACCAGCCAUCAAACUGUGCCACCAGAUCGAGCGAGUGAAAGUUGCUUUCUAUGCACAGUAUGCCAACUGACUGCACUUCUCCAUCCCUUCUGUCCCCCUCCUUGCUCCCUGUCUUUUUUACCAUUUCAGCUUGUUCAAGGGGUUUUUUUUCCCCAUAUCUUUUUUCUUUUCCAUGAACAAGUGGAAUUGGAAGCACUGGGAAUUAAUCCAUAGGGGGAAGAAAAACACAAAAAGAAAAUGAGCUACAAAUGGAACUAAGUUUUCUGUACUUGUAAAGCACAUGGAAAGACUGCUGGCAUCUCUCCUCAUGAGCCUCUCCAGCCCAUUGCCCAGUGGUGCAAGGCCAGCAUGGAUCAGGUGGUUUGUCACCAAACCAAACCUACCAGUGGCAGACACAUUCCCAAGGAGAAGGGUCAGACAUUUCCAGGUGGCCAUGGUUUGUCUAGGACAAUUUCUGGACAUGAACAUUUCUUUUAGACAACUCUGACACUCUUCUUUCAUAUUGAAAUGUAAGUCAUUUGUAGCAUUACCUGGGGUUUAACUGCAGGUUUGACCUUGGUGAUCAAUGGACUUUUUCUGUUUUUUCCUCCCACCUCUCUGGUUUUACAAAAGGAAAAAGAGUUAUAUCAGGCAUAUAAUGGUUAUUCCUGGCUGAAUUUUGAGAGGGGACUCAAGCCACGGUCUCUGUGAUACCAGACAAAAUUGCAGUGGACUGACAGGAGUGACACAAGACCUGGUGGGGCAGCAGCACAUCCUGAGCCAUGCUGGCUCUGCACAAUCAGCUGAACAUCUCUGUGGUAGGAUCUGUACAAUGCUCCUAGUACAGGAACAUGAAGACUUUCAUAGUCAAAAUCUUAACUCUUAAAUCCAAGUCAAUUUAAAGACCUGUCUUUGAGCCAUAUGGUGACAGCAGACUGGGAUCAGGGACUCCUGGAAGAACCUACUGACCAACACCAGGCUGCAGCUGCUGCAUCUCCUUCAUUGGUUUCCUUCUUUAAUUCUUUGGAGAAGAGGUGAGAACUUCAAAUAUAAAUACUCUGGAAUACAUCCAGAUCUUGCCCAGAAAGUGUUUUAGGCAAGAAGCAUUGACUCUGCCAUGUAUCACUUGGGAAUUCCCAGCUUGUCUUUCAGCAAGUUUCCUGAUUUGUCACUGAGGAAUGGGAUGGGUGCAACUGCUGCAGGCUGGACCAGAUGCUGAGACUUCAUCAGAAAUGUGCUUACAUGGGAGAUGAGCGGGACUGGAUCUGUUCUCAGCUGUUGCUUUGUUCUGAAGAUCUUGUUCAAGUUUUAAUCAGUUUAAGGCAGUAUUGGUUGCCUGUGCAUCAAAUGAUAGGGUUUUGUUCUUCAGAAAUCCAGGGACAGGGUUCUGCAGUGGGGCAGAUGUUAAAAAAAUUGGGUUUGAACUGGAUUUCCUACUGACAGUAGCAGUGAAAUGUGUCAGUGCAACUGAUUUGAGAACUAAUUUGGAUUCCUCUCGGGGUUCCCUAAAAGUGUUGCUCAGUGUUUCGUCUCUGAAGACAGAAGGAAGGUGAGAGAACAGCUGAGAAAACCAGAGAGCUGCUGCUCCUAGCUCCUCCUCACUUCAGCCCAGUCCUGGUGUUUCAUCUGUCAGCAGGAGACAGCUCCUGGGAGGAUUCUGUCAGGAGAGCUGGAGCAUGAGGACAUUCCACAGAAGGGAAGCAGGAAGGCUGUUUGCUAAACAGCAUCCCAGCACCGAUCCUUUACUCCUCAAAUCCAGCUUCUGCUGCUGCUCUGAUGUUCUUGGAGUUUGUGGCCUCUGGGAUUUGUCAGAGACAUUUAAUGCCUUCUGGGACACACUGCAAAAAUGUCAUUAUUUGUCUCCAUCAGCCUUGUAACUGUAGAUAUUCCUAUGGCAGCUAAUUCCUCGUGGAGGCAUGACUGGGGAGCAGACACACACAGACUGAGAGCAGCCAGCUCUAGUGCUGGCCAGCCAGGGAAUGGGUGAAGCAUUGAGCCAAGACCAUGGGAAUCUUUACUGGUUGUUCAGGGAAGUUAAAUCAUAUUCAAAACUCAAACUAUUAAACAACAGAAAAAAAGUUUUAAUUUUAUCUUGCACCAGCUCUUUUAUUUCCACAGGUUUCUCUCCCCUCACUAUUUGUCUUUCACUUUAUUUUUCUUCAGUGUUGCCUCAUUUAUUUUUUUCUGUCCUCAUGGAGAAAUUGAUAACCAGAAAUUAUGCUGAAAUUACCUUGGGUGGUAAAUGCUUUACUAUUUCCUUUGAGUCUGCAGACUGGGAAGAGAAACAGGAUUGGGAUACUGUUGUCUGUUGCAUUGAUUGCUGUCCAGAAAAGCUGGAGCUGAACUUGGGCCAUUUUUUAUACAAGUGGAGAAUGGCUGGUGUGAAGUUCAACUGGGCAAUGUGCUCAGAUGGAGCAGAGAUCAGAAGGAACUAAUUACUCUUGCCUGGACUUUGUUUCAAUUCUGGAACAUCAGCAAAGCUUUGGAGUAAUGAACUUCAAAGGAAAUGAUGGAAAUCCAAUCUUGCUAGAGUAAAAUACCACUUUACUUUGCAAUGCAGAAGUGUAAACUGCUGUAAGUUUGUGGGAUUUUUUGUUCCAGAUCUGAUUGAUUCAAAGUUAAAUUCAGAGCUGCUGCAUUUUCAGAACUGCACUAAUGACAGUGGUGAAGCCACAUCUCCCCUGCCUGUUGUGAAUUUGGCAUCCAGGCUGAAGUUUGUUGUGGUAUCAGCUGCAAAAGGCACUGAGUGAAGUGCUGAGCUCAUGGUUAUCCAAGGCUGUUUUCAAGGGCUGGGGAGCAGCUCUGCUGUUAUUUCUGGGCUGUGGGAUGCUGACCUUCAGCACACUGACACUGUGCUCCCACAGGAAGGCUGUGCAGGUGUUACUGGACUGCCUUCAGGCAUUGGACCACAAGUGGGCAUUUUUGGAAUAAAAACAGAGGGCUGAAGAGUGUAAGGUGCCUGUUCAUCUUUAUCUGCACUGGCUUCUUUGGAGCUUGCUCUCAGGCUGAGCAAUCCAUGGGCAGGUCCCUGCUCCCUUCACAGCCCUCACCUUGACAGAAUCAGCCAGUUCCCACUUUUCAGGCCCAAAGUGUCCCACCUCUGAAAUUGGAUUAAAUCAUUCACUUAAGGAAUGUCCAUGGUUGUCUCAGUUGUUGUCCUGCUUUCCUCCUGCUGUCAUGGAUGCCCUUCAAGAGAAGUGAUCUUUGGUUUCAGGGCUUUUCUUCCCUUUUCAGCACAUGAACAACUUCUAGGCUGACCAAACCCUGGCUUUUCCUGCCCCUCAGAGGCACAAAGGCCUCUCGGCUCUGAGGAGGAUUUCAGGGUUCCCAGCUCUUUUGUGUUACCCAUAUUCCAUAACCCCUGAUAGUUUGGUGCUGCAGGGUGCAGAAACCUCCUAAAAAUGCUGUGUGCCCUCAGAAAACACCAAAGUCCAGGCACAGCCUGUCCUUAGGGAAGGAUCAGGUGGGUGCAUGUCCUAGCUGAGAUGGCCUGACCCACCCUGACAGGGCUAUUAGGAUGUCUGCUGGGAUUUUAAAGGUUUCUCAGUGGGACACCUAACCUCCUUUAUUUUACUGUGGGCAAACAGCUAAUUUUCUUUAAACUGGGAAGUCACCAUUCCUUGGCUUUAACUUUCAGCCUGUUGCAGUCCCAGCUGUGUGGUGUCCCCAUCUCAGCCUUCUGAAGGCAAACCAGGCAAUGUUGGGCUGCCAGAAUCAACAUUUAGUCACCUUAAAGCCUGCCUUGAUCAUUCCAGGGCACAAAAUCGAAUUUGGCAGAGCUGCUGUGCCAUCUCAGUGUUUCAGAAGCUCUGUACAAUCAGGGCACUUCAAAACUUUGUGUUUUUCUGGUGCAGUGCAUCUGGAGCACAAUGAACUCAGAGUGUUCCUCUCAUUUCCAAGUUCAAGUGCCAAAAGAGAACAACAUGCUGCAACUGAACACCAUUAAAACCAGCUUUAUUACACGUGGAUAAAUACAGUCCCAAGGGCUCCAUUUUGGUGCUAAGAUGUAUCAUGCUGUAGUUUCCAUUGCUUGGGAUUGCAAAGCUGAUUCCUUACUCCAGGAAAUAUUUUCUGUAAUCUGCAACAUCUUGAACAUUUGAAUUUUUUUUUUCCUUGUGACUGUACACUUUUUAACUUGGAUACACUCAACAAAUACUCCUUCCCCCACAGUCCUGGGAGUUUUGGAGAUGUUUUAUACAGUACAUUUAUGUAAAAAUUCUUUCAAAAUGUGGAUGCAUGUAUAUUUUCCCCUCAGUAAUACUCUUUGUGACAUCAGCUGACCCAGAGCUAAAGGAAUCUGUUGCUCAGGAUUUGAUCCAGAAAAAACUUUGGUUGGUGGGCUGUGGGACCAAUUCUUCACCAGUUUCUCUCACAUAGAAGUCAAAAAGUCUGCACUUAAUUAACAGAAAAUUUAAAUGCCUCCUGCUCCUAGCAGGCAGAAAUGCAGCUGCAGCCUGCCAGACUUCACAAGAGAGGGCUUGUGUCCUUAGGUGCUCAUGAACUCCCAAUAAAGGAGCAGAAGCCUUUAAUGGUCUCAUUUAUUCUUUGGUACAAUACUCCAGCAAGAAGUGUAAGUGGUGUUAAUGGCUGCAUGUAGAAUAUGAGCCAGUCAUCAAAGAUGAGAAUUUUACAGCCCAGCAGUGCUUUAAGUGUCAGCUGUCCUGCAGAAUAAGAGAGGUUUUGCAGUGAUUUGGUGCCAUGCACAGGAAUUCUCUUGCAGAAGACACCUGAACUGCACAAACCUGAGUCAUAGUUGCAGAUACUCGUGGCCUUUCUCUUUUUUUUUAGUCUCUGGUGUUAAUUUUUGCAGUGAAAAAGGUGAGUCUUGGUCGCUGCCAAGGAUGUGGGAGAGGGGAGAGAGGGCUUCAAGAGGAGAGAGCCUGGAGUUGUGGGUUUGAGAAGAGGGACUUCUCAGAACAGAAGCACAGCUGGGGUCUGUCAGCAUCACUCGUGAAAGCUUUUGUUUUCCACAGCAGAGAUGGGUUUUGAGUCCCAGCAGGGGCCAGGUGAGAGAAGGGAAAGGAGCUGGCAGUAGGCUCAGAGCUACAGUGCUGAAAGGUUCUAGUUUUGUUUUCCCAGUGGAGAUGGAGAAAUCUGGCUCAGAUGUCUCCAGGCUCCUUGGCUGGAUAGGAGGGGAAAUGAAUCUUCAUUGUGCCCAACUCCUGUUGUGUCUUUUGGGGGCUGAAGACUCUCCUCUUGCACCUUCCAGACCUCCAUGGGAAAUACCAGGCUAAAACUUGAGCUCUCUCCCACAGGAAAAGGUGACACUGCCCUGAGUUCAGGCUGUGGAUUUACAAAACACUCUGCUCUGCAUUGUGAUGUGACAGGAUGAAAAUGCUCAUUCCCAGGGCACCCCACCUGCUUCUUGUUGCUCCAGCCUCACUGGAGAUUAUGGACAUGUGGAUGUCUGUAGUUUGUACAUUGUAAAUGUGUGCAUUCCAUUUCCCAGUCCCUGUUCUGCCAGACCUGGUCAGGACGUGCCAAGUUGUUCCAGGGACCUGGAAAACCUGGGGAAUGGUUCCAUGACACUCUCACAUGCACAGGCAGGGGUGUCCUGUGUGUUCCAAAGGAGGUGAAAGUCUCAAAUGCAGCCUUGGAGGGGAGUUGAGCCUUUUCAUGUGCCUUGUGUUUGACAAGGCAAGCCCUUAAACCCUCCUGUCUCUCCUGGAGCAGCAGGAAUUGGCUCCACAACCAGCACUUACACUCCAUUCGUGGUGGUGCAUGUUGGAAAACUUUGAAUUGUUUUGCAUUCCAGUUUGUACUGAAGGUUUUGACUCCAAGUUUGUGUACAUAACCCCUUUGGUGUGUUGAUACAUAUGUGUGUAUAUAUAUAUGUAUAUAUAUGUGUGUGUAUAUGUAUG